CAACUUAAAUUAUUUUGUAAACCAAAUCCAGAAAAGCAAUUUCGAUCAAGGCUACAAGAAUUCUGAAGUACCUACACGAGAAGUACUGCGAUAGAACUUUUGUUCUUUUCAUCGUGGUUAUUAUGAUCACUGCUGAUCAAUAUUAUCAAACUGAUUUUGAACGAUUAGAAAAAGUAGAUCAGUCAUUUUAAAAAAUCCAGCUUGAAUCCUUCAUUCAACUGAAACUGCAAAGGUCGUCAUCGUUGGUUGUUGGUUGGCCUCGUUAGACUGGAAGACGCAGGACGCAGGAGGGUUGUCGUUCGAGUCGUCGCAUCCUACAAACGUCGAAUAAAAACAGUGUAGAAGGAAAUAUUGAUAAGGUUGCUUUUGUUGUUUGUAAAAUCUGUUAUCAUUUUUUGUUAUCAAAGUAAACAAUUAGUGUCUCGAAAGGGGUGGAUAUUGGUGCCGUUCAAGAUGUUAUGUUUUGGCGGAUUGCAAGUUAUGCUGGUAGUAAGUUUGGCUGGCGUGGGAUUAUGUACGUUGCCCCAAGUUAGUGACAUCGAUCGCAAGCUGACGGCUCGCUUGAAUCCCGACUGUCCGGAUGAUAUUUGCACCGAAGAUGGCAACGUGUUGACCCUAAUCCACAUUCGAGCUGAUUCGGAGGUGGAUACGAUUCACUACGUAUGGGAUUUCACGGGGAAACCGACAAUCUUGGUGGCACUCACGGGAAAGAAUGCGUCUUUGAAGAUCAACUGGUACGACUUCCUGGACGCAAAACCGUCGUCGGUCCAAUUCAGUGAAGCGCCCAUCUACACUUUUAUGACUGUUAUUAACCGGAUAUUCCAGUUCGAUGACACGGACGACAUUGGAGCAUUGGCUGGAAGUGACAAAGUUUUUGUCUACAACCCGCAUGAUUUCAAGUACAAUCGCACUCUGCUCUGGUUCAACGAGAAGGAUGUGAUUGCUGCAUUGAGUGUCGAUAACGAUUUUCUAUUCAAGUUGAACGCCUUCUCGACGCGAGAUCACGGAAUGGAUUUCCCGCAUUUGCUGCACACAUCCAACUCAACCCAGGUCGACAUCGUCUUCAACAAUAUCAGCGCCAAGUUCAAUCGACCCCGGUUUGCGGUGGAACUGUUGUUUGUCGUGUCGGAACAGGCAGUCACCGGUACCGAUUUCGAGAUCACCAAGCGGAGAAGUUUGGACGAUGAGCACACGCCGGGAAUUUUCGAAAUAAUUGACGUGCUUUCGCCCGGUGCCUUCAAAUUCUCUACCGGCGGGUACAUCGAGUAUCGACCGGUUUCCUACACGCACCCCGAGCGGGAUGUUUCCACGUCGACCGAAACACAUCAAACUGUACCGGAAGCGAUUGCAUCCGCCGCCAAUGCAUUGAAUGCCACCCUAGCUUACGCGAUUUUCGGACAAAAAUUGGACACGUUACUGGUUCAGGGCAUGAACAUUUCGUUCGGUUUCAGUGGUGAUGGAUUCUACACCAAGUCGAACUACACGACGCUGACGUUCCAGGUCGGAUACGGAGUGCCUCCGCUUGAACAGCUGUCCGCCUUUGUGUUGAUUGUGGCAGGAAUCGGUAUUGGUUUACCGUUGGCUAUGCUUCUUUUUGGAGGAAUCUACAUUUGCACCAAGAAGCUACGGAAUCGACGGGGAAUUCGAGUGUAGAAAGUAUUGUUGUCAGUGUCGUUCGUCCCAAUAGCGCAUUUCUUAUUUAGCCGUAGGAGUACACAAGCAAAAUGUUACUAAUAAGUAUUGACACAUAUUCUAUGCCUAGUUUUAUGAACAAUGUUAUGAUCCAAAUGUGAUAGCCAAUUAUUGAAUGAAAGUUGUGAGGGUAAUAAAGAUUAGUUUUGUAGGAAAAA